GUAGGAAUUUUUUAUUAUCUAAUUAAUGGAUACCGUUAAGGAGGAUGAAUUGUAUAGAUACAGGGUGGUGAAGCUGCCUUCUUUGAUGCCUAGUAUAUUGGAAGCCGAACUGGAACCAGAGCUGGAGGGGGAGACGGGACAGAGGAGGAGGAGCAGAGACAUUUUGAUAGCCGUUGAUCAGGGUCCCAAACAGCAAGGUGCUCAUGAUGCCAACCACGGGCUUAUGGAGAGGUUAGCCGUGGAGGCUUCUCAGAUUGCGAUGGUGAAGUGUGUGGCUCGGAUUGUGGAGGGGGAUGCAGGUAAGGUGAUUUGCCAGGAAGCAGAAAGGAUAAAGCCAGCAGCUGUGGUUGUGGCCUUGUGGGCACCCGUGGCCCAAGCUUAAUGCAGAGGUUGUGGUUGUCCCUUUUCUCUUUCUUUAUCUUUGCACCUGCAGGCUUAUAUUUGAUUCACUAUCCCCCCUUUCCCAUAUAGGCAUUUGGUUUCUUCCUUGUCUCUCACCCCUUGGUAUUUUCUGUAGUGUACUAAAGGGAAGUGUGAGUGAGUAUAUUGCUUCCACCAUUGUAAAGCUGCUCCUGUUAUUGUCGUUCCUGGGAGAAGUAUCAUUUUUAGACAACGAAAUGCUUUCAUAUCCUUUCAUUGAUUUUAAUCCAUUGAAAUAAUUCUUAUGAUUUUGUUUUGAAUUGGCAGACGCUGGAGAUCUGUCACUGAUACAGCGAAACUAGAAAAGGAAGCAAACAGUAAGUAGAAUGUUCUUCUUUAUGUAAUAGCGCUAUGUUGUUUGUAUAUGAUCAUAUAAAUAGUUAUGUGGAAGAUACAAUGUUCAGUCUUACCUUACUAUUUCUACUUGUAGCAUGUGAAUUAUUUGUCUGCUGAUCAUUGCUGAUGAAAUAGAAUUAUUUCUUAUUG